CCGAAGGUUUCCUCAAGGAAGCUCGAGACCUGCCUUGAAAGAAGGAGGCCAAUAAGGCUCCCUGUUCUGUCGAGGAAGGUCUAUGAAACGUGAAAUGAGGAACAAGGAACUCUUGUUCCUCAAGGAAGGACUAUGAAUACGGGUGUAAAUUAUCGUUGAUGUUCUAUAUAAAUUGAGCGCCAGCAUUUAGGGGUGUUGUUUCGAAAACAAAUGUCCGUAACCUAAGUUCAUGUAUCCAUCAGCAGCUGGCUUGCUUCGUUUACAGUAAUAUAAAACAAACAUGCCGAAAGCCUGCAUUGUACCGAAGUGUAAGACUGGUCAGAGAACUCACAAAGUAAAGUGCUCAGUAUUCAGAGUACCGCAGAAUCGACGACUACGCAAACAGUGGGAAGCUAAGAUCCCUGGCAUAGUUUUCCUCAAAGCAAACCAGUACGUUUGUGAGAAACACUUUAGCAAAGAAUGCAUAAUCAGGAAAUGGAUUAAGUACGACUCUCAGGGGAAUAUCGUAGCAGAGUCACCGUAUCAGCGACCACGAUUAGCAGAAUCAGCUCUUCCCACUAUAUUCAAAGAUGAAUCAAAUGCUAAUGCUUCAGUGAAGACCAAGAAAAUCUCCUCAGUUGACAGGAUGUGUGUUGAUAAUCACAGUAAUAGUGCGCCCAAAAUCGAAGAAAAUAAUCACAUCGAAGAUUCAUCACCUGUACAUGAAAUAGAACAGAAGCCUCGGCUCGUUCGUCAAAUAUUGCCACAGUUGGACCGAGAUGUGCCAUGCAUUCAAUCGGAGUCGAUUCAUAAGGAAACAUCGAUGGUUUUAAAUCAAAUCAAAAUACCAGUUGUAAUAGGCAGGAACAAACUGCUUGGAUCCAAUUGUCAAGCAGUGGAUACAAACAAAGAGGUCACGAAAAGUUCAAUCGACAAUCAACAAAUACGUUGGCAUCUUCCGACAAAACCCAAAAGCUGCCAAGAUUCUCCUACUUUACCAUUCAGAAAAACCGUAAUUUCUCCGCAGACACAUAAUUCGAUGAACUUGAGUACCAGUGGGUUUCUGAAAGCAAUCACUAGUACAUCUCUAUGGAUAAACAACGAUCUAUUGGUUAAACUACCGCCGAUGUGGUGUGUAACUGAAUCGUGUAGAGGAACUGAACGUUUCUGGAUAUUUACAGACAUACGACUCAUGUUCAAUAAUGACAUACGUAGUCCCGUUAUAGAAAAGAGUGUCAUUAUCCACGCUGAUGGUACAAUCUCUUAUCAGGUACAGGGGAAGGCUGUAGAAUUUCACGAAUUGCAAGCGCUUAGAAACACCGAAGAUAUCACAUUGCUACCUGCGAUCUUGUUUAAAUUUCAAUGUACGCGUGUAUGCAAAGGAACUGGACCAAUUGUCGAGAGCCUCUUUCAGGAAGGAACUGCUUAUCGCAAUAACCGCGGAGACUGGCAUAGCAUUCACUGCGAGCUACUGACAAAAAAAAACCGUUGCGAAUACUGUGUCCGACUGAAAAAAACACUCCUCCAAAAAAAGGCAAGACUUGAAAAGCGUGCUGAAAUGAAGAAAAUUUACCGCACUUCGAAUUCCAAUGAUCUAAAAAAAUUGAUGGUCUUGAAGAAGACAAUUUAUAGGCUAAGACAAGAAAAUAAUCGUGCACAUUAUCGAAUUUUGCUAUUGAAGAAUGCAUUAAAACGCACCGAGAUCAAUUCUGAGAAAAAUAAUGCCGAUAGCGGAAGAAGGGUUACAUAACCAAAGAUAUUCAGCCAUACGAAUUGUGCUUUUAAUUACGGUGAACAUUCGCGUUUCCGGGUAUUACGAUUGCAGUUUACGGAGAGUUUACGGAGAUUAUUCCAUUGCUAUGCACCCCUACACCACGGGGCUAUUUGUCAUUGGUAAAAUAAAAAUGCGGCUUCAAAACCAAUCAUACUAAAGAAACACUAGUUAGUAGAGAACAAUCUUUCUCCUUGAAAACAUAGGUAAUGACACGUAAUCUUGUUAUCUGGCGACAUGUGUCUGAGAAAAGCGAUACCCGUCUGCUCCAAGGACUUUGCUUACUCUGGUUUAGUAAUAAAUUUAGUGAUUUUAUAUUUUUUGACCUCGCUGUUGUGUUGUAAAAAGAAUUGUAACGUCCCAUUCAUUGUUCAAUAAAAUGUAUGAGAGGAUAGA